GGAUGAAUCAAUUAAAGAACUUAAUUUUAAGUGUGGUGUAUAUCUGACGGAUUGUUUGAUGUAUUUCCUUUACAUGGGAAAUAUGUAUUUCCACUUGAAUAUCAGUGGAAAUAUGAAUUAUUGAACUGUUUUACAACCAAUGAAACUGAACGGAAUUAACGCUACAGAGGAGGCACCAAAAUAAAAUACGACCUGAAAUUAAGUUCAGGACAUCAUGGACGAUGACAUUUUACUUGAAGAUGCCUCUGGAAAAAUUAAUCAAAAGAAAGGAACUGGUAAAAGUGAAAGUCUUUUGAAAGACGCUAUCGAUGAUGUCAACAAAGAAAAAGACACUUACAGCAAUCGUCAAGCGGCUUUACAUCCGAAAGACUUUAAUGAUGAACAUUUAGAAACUGUAAAUGACGAAACACAUUUAGAGACUUUGGGUCAAAACGUGACUGACACUGUAAAUCAGUCAGAAAACAAAGUGUUUUUCUAUAGUAUAAACGAUGAAUCUGAGGAAAACAAAAAUCAACAACAAAGAACUGGAGACAUAUGUGAUGCUAAGAAUAUUAAAGCGGACAAAUCUCCGGGCGAUUCAAAUGUUUUAGAUCCAACAAUUUCAACUUUAGAAGAUUCUAAAAUGAUGCAAAGACCCCCAUCACACAUUACUGUUGCUAAUUGGGCAAAGGAAAAACCAUCUACGAAAAAAGCGAAACCUUUUGUUUUAGACUCAAUAACUGAAAAGGCGAUCGAUAUAUCAAAACUAAACGAUUCAAAAAAGAAACAAACGAACGAUUCAGCCAUUGCUGAUAUUACUGAAAAAAGCUCUCUAUCUAACAUAAAUAUUGAAGCCACUUCAGAAUCAAAACCCGUGGAAAACGAAAAAAACAAUAUUGACGGGAUAAAAGGAGUUCCUGAUGAUAAAACGGAUUCGAAAGCAUUACAUGAUGAGAGUGAGGAUGGUAGUUGUAUGGAUUGUAUUAAACCAGUGCAAGUUAACACCUGGAAGGAAGUCAAACAAGGGGACCAUAUUAUUCUUUCAAGGAGUUUUUAUGACCAUCAUGCAAUUGUAAUUAGAAUAAUUCCACCAGAGAAUGAUAACAGUCUUCAGAUAAGUUUGGAAUUGAUUCAUCAAACAGUUAACCAGAGGGGCAUCAGGAAUAGUGUUCGUCGUAGACGACCCAUUGUCAAAUUAGAGCGUAAAACUGAAACAGUCGAUUUAAAAACGAUAAUGAUUUGUAAAUAUUGGGGCGAAAUAAAACCGAAAAGUCCAGAAGAAAUAGUUAAAAGGGCAUCUGAUGCUUUAGGUGGUGAUCAAGAAGAAUUUGGGUAUAACGUUUUUAACAAUAAUUGUGAACAUUUUGCUUCUUGGUGCGUGACUGGAAGAAGUCUCAGUAUUCAAAUAAGGAAGGCUGGAAUUGUUCUCAAAAUAUUCUGCCGAAAAGGAUUCCGUGGUCUAAGUGACGAACGGUUAAGAAAUCAGGUCGAAUAUGAACAUGGUAUGCUGUGCAAGACGUGCUUUGAGAGAAAUGACAAACUGCUAAGUGUAACAAGAAAGAAAGUUAGAGAAAAAGACGGCAUACAAAAAGGGGACAUAAUUUUGUAUAGAUAUUACAAACUUCUACACUGUUCAGUGGUUCUUGAUGUCAUCAAACGUAAAGAAAAAUAUAUUAAGUGCGAGAUUGCCCACUAUGCAUUUAAGGGACCGUUCACAAAGAACAUUAUACAAAGUGGUAUUUUGAAAGUACCGUAUAAUGGAUCAGUAUCAGUAUUUGAUUACACGAGUGGUGAGUUUCUAACGUAUGAGCCGGAGGAAGUAGUUUGUCGAGCAAAGAAAAGAAUAGGAGAACAAUUGUUUGCUUAUUUUUCUAAUGACUCGAGCCAUUUUGCGCGCUGGUGUAAAUUGAAAUUGUCAAAUAGUGACAAAUACAAACUUGGAUAAUCUUUAAAGUUAAUACAUACACCUAUAAACAUGGCCUUUUUGAAAUAACUUUUCACUAAAAUUAUGCUUUUAAGCUAUGCCUGUAUUAAUGUGGAGAUAUUGUAAAAUCGAAAACAAAGAAUGUUUUUCCUAUGACGUCACAGCACUUGUAUAUGUAAUUGAUUGAUGUAUGCUUAUCAUAUAGUACAAUUAAUCCAUUCUAGCGGGACUCGGGAAAUUACAAAAAAAUGAGAAUUGCUUACCUAAAUAGUAUAAGCGUGAUACGGGAAUCUGACAAAACGUUCAGCGGGAUCCGGGAUCAGAACACCCCUUUUCCACCCAAUGGAACCCCCUUUAUUGUGUUUGAAUAGUUCUGAUGAUGAAUAAAUGACCGGGAAUUCAACC